GGUCAAUGUGUCAGUUUGUAUAUACAGAGUGUAAAGAUAAGACAGUACGGAUCAACCUUUGACGAGCACUCAUCUUUCCCUUCAAUAUGAUCCGAGAUACGUAUUGGUUUUUAUCUGUAUUGUUGAUGAUAACAUCAGCAAAUGCUAAAAUACGAUGUCUUGAAGGUGUUCGUUUAACAUCACCACUUGAUACUACAAUCGUUACAGAAUGUGGCGACCAUGAGAUCUGUUCUGUGGAGAGAUACGUAACAAAUGAUGGUAUCAUACUGUACAACGUUGGAUGUAAAGACCGCCAGUAUUGUAUAGCAAACCCACUAGGCAAACGUAUAACAAACCCACUAGGCCUAGGCAAACGUGCCGAAACUGUUAUUUGCCGCCAUUGCUGUGAGGAUAAAGAUUUAUGCAACAUGAACCAAUGUGGUGCACGUGUUAAUCUUCCCAUAGGAUCAACCAUAUGUUAUUCCUGCCCUUUGGCAAUGGAUGCUAAUAAAUGCAAUCAUAUUACACUGUGUGACCAAGAUAACGCAUGCUCUAUAAAACAAACACAAAAUUUGAUUGGUAAACCACGUUGGAGUCAUGGUUGUUCAGAGAAAACGCAAUGUGCAACAAUUGCGCUAAGUAAUCCCCAGGGAAUCUGUUCAUUUUGUUGUGACACGGAAUUAUGUAACCGUAACUGUACAAUCAGAUCGACAAUAGCUCCUCCUCCAACUACUACAACUAUGGCGCCAACAACGCCUAUUCCUAUGACGGCCCCAAUUAUUACACAAACUGUUAUUCGACCAACGAAUAUCAAAUAUGGCGAUACCGUUACGAUCGAAUGCAUUGCCACAGGAAAUCCUAAGCCAACAAUAGAUUUCUUAGUUAAGGGUAGAAGAUUGGGCGCUAAUGUACAUGUAAAUCCCACUACACACCUUCUAACAAUAUCGAACUUUUUACCUUAUGAUGAUGGAGAUUACAGGUGUAUCGCUGCAAACUUAUUGGGUGAUGUUCAUAACGAUAUCCACAUACAAGGACAGUAAUACUUAGAGUGGUUGUUUGAAAAUAAAUG